AUGGACACCAAAUCAGUAACUCAGGCUCCAAGUCCAGUAUACAUUUUACGUGGACAUGCUUCCCCAAUCCAUGCACUGCACAUCUACAACCAGAAUCUGCGGCUCGUAUCCGGCGAUGCCAAUGGCUGGAUUAUUGUUUGGGACCUCGUCACCAAACGGCCCGUGACGGCCUGGAAGGCCCACGAGGGAGCCAUUUUAGAAGCGAGGGGCUUCAUUGUUGGCUCGGGUAUUACUGAGAUCUAUACCCAUGGCCGCGACCAUAAACUAUGUGUGUGGAAGCUUCGAUCCGAGGAUGAAUCGAUCCUUGAUAAGACGCUACCGGUGGAUGCGACCGAAUUGUUGCAGCCAGGUAGUAAGAUCCAGCCAUGGUUACUCCAUUCGUUGCCUGUGAAUGCACUCAAUUUCUGUGCGUUCUCAAUGGCAUUUAUCGAUUCGGAUGGACUUCCUAAAGUUCCAUCCCAGUCCGCCAAACCAGAGAACACUCUAUUCGCAGUCCCCAAUGCUUUAGACUCUGGCGGAGUCGAUAUCUUCCACUUACCAUCAGAGCGCCGGAUUAGCACUAUUCCUUCUGACCAAUCCAUCAAAACGGGAAUGCUAAUGGCCGUAAGUCUGUUCGUGUCACCUUCGGGAGACCUCUAUGUCGCUUCCGCAUAUGAGGAUGGUCAUGUAAUGGUCUUAGUCCAUCGUGGGGCUCUCAGAACAGCUCACUUUGAGCGUGAAUAUAUCAUUGGCAACCCCGUGAAAUGGGACAGGCUUUACGCUGGCCGCCCUCAUACCCAGCCGGUUCUUUCGCUUGAUGUCUCUGCUUCCCGUGACUACUUCAUCUCUUCUUCUGCCGAUGCUUUGAUCGUCAAGCAUCCUAUUCCUACCAUAACUUCUGCUGGGUAUAUUCCUACGGCAGGGUACACGGAAGAAUCUCCUCUGAAGGUUGUGAACACGAAGCAUUCUGGUCAGCAGGGUCUACAGAUCCGUUCCGAUGGAAAGGUAUUCGCUACUGCUGGCUGGGAUAGCCGAAUCCGGGUGUACUCGGGGAAAACGAUGAAAGAGCUCGCCGUGCUCAAGUGGCACAAAGAUGGAUGUUAUUCCGUGGCGUUCGGGAACAUCGAAAGCACGUCUUCAUUAGUCUCUUCGCCGUGUGAGCCUGCAGAAAAGGACGGCAAUUACGCGGACCAGGAUGCAGCAGGGCAGACAGCUGGCAAGACACGCGACUAUUCUCUUGCGGCAGUGCAGCAACAACGGAAUCAAAAAGUACAACAAACUCAUUGGCUAGCGGCUGGAUCCAAGGAUGGGAAAAUUUCAUUAUGGGAUAUCUACUGA